UUGGUUGCCCCCUCGUUCCUGCUUUCUUCACAUCUCCCUCGCGCCCGAUCGAAAAUUUUUAUCUCAAAUUUGCCCCUUCCCUAAUUUCCCCGAAUCCAAACCAAAAAAAGUCGAAACACUGAAGACUUGUUUUUCAUUUCACUGGACCAGUGACCAGAGCAGAGCAACUUUCACUCUUGAUCUUUAUUAGGGUUUCUUUCAAUUUUAGGGGAUAAACAAGAUUUUUGCUGUUUGAUUGGUGUUUUUCAUGGCGGCGGAAACCCUAGACGAGAAAAAGCCGGACGAGGAGGAGGACGCUGCUCCUGUUAACGCUAAAGAGGAGGAAAAUAAGGAGGUUUCCGAGAAAGAAGUUGCUCGAGAAAGUGAGGAAAAGAAGGAAGUUGAAGAGAAAGAGCAAGAGGAAGGAGAGAAAGCUGAGGAGACUAAGGAGGAGGAAGAGAACGAAGAGGAAGGGGCCGAAAAGGCCAAAGGUAUUAGUCGAAAGCGAAGCUCCAGGAAAGGGCCAACUGAGUCCAAGACACCGAGUCGAGAUUCGGCUGAGAAGAAGGAGCCUGUGACGCCGAGUAGUGACAGGCCUACAAGGGAAAGGAGAGUCGUCGAAAGGUACUCGAUUACUUCCGUUGUCAGGUCUUCCUCUGCCAAACCUUUAUCAAUUGAAAAGGGUCGCGGCACACAGCUUAAAGAUAUUCCAAAUGUGGCUUUCAAGUUGUCUAAGAGAAAACCUGAUGACAACCUGCUGAUGCUUCAUAUGAUACUCUUUGGAAAGAAGGCAAAGCCUCACAGUUUGAAGAGAAACAUCGGCCGAUUUUCAGGCUAUGUUUGGGUUGAGAAUGAGCUGGAAAGACAAAAGGCAAAAGUAAAGGAAAAAAUUGACAAAUGUGUUAAAGAGAAAUUGGUUGACUUCUGUGAUUUGCUGAAUAUUCCAAUAACAAGGGCCACUGUUAGAAAGGAGGAAGUCUCUGCCAAAUUGUUGGAAUUUCUGGAAUCCCCCCAUGCUACAACUGAUAUUCUACUUGCUGACAAGGAACAGAAGGGUAAAAAGCGUAAAGCUACACCAAGCAAAAACAUUGGUUCUGGGGAAGCAUCAGAUACAUCAGCCAAGAGGCGACAAAGAACACCCCAAGGUGGGGAAAAGCAUAAGCAUUCAUCCAAAGCUGCGGAAGAAGGUGAAGAUGAUGAUAAAGUUGAAUCCCCUGUUACAAAAGAUGAUUCUCAUGAAGAUGAUGCUGACACUUCACCAAAAAAGGAGAGUGAUGAUGAAGAGACUAAAUCAGAGGAAGAAGAUGAACCCAAGCAGUCAAGCAAAAGAAGUACUCCAAAAAAGAUUACAACAGAGAGUCUGGAGUCAAAAAGCAAGGAUAAGUCUACGUCUGGGAAGAAGCUUACCCCUGCAAAAUCUAGCAGAAAAUCUUCAGGAUCAACUUCAAAACAAGAUGCUAGUGAUAUUGAUGGGAUUUCUGUCUCUAAAUCGAAGGGUUCUGCAUCAAAAAAGCGGAAGACUGGAAAGGAAAGCUCAAAGGAUGGCAGUUUUUCUGCCAAAGAUAAGGUUGCAGGCAAGAAACAACAAACAAACAAGUCGCCAGCAAAGGUUUCUGCCAAAACUCAAGGUAAAGGCAAAAGUGGCAAGAAGCCUAAAGGAGAGCCUAGCAGGGAAGAGAUUCAUGAUGUAGUGGUAGAUAUUCUAAAAGAAGUGGACUUCAACACCGCUACAUUAUCUGAUAUUCUUCGGCAACUGGGCACGCACUUUGAUCUGGAUUUGAUGCACAGAAAAGCUGAGGUGAAGGAUAUUAUUACAGAUGUGAUAAACAACAUGUCUGACGAGGAUGAGGAAGGAGAGGAAAGUGAGGAGAAUACUGAUACAGGCGGUGGUGCUGAUAAAGAUGGGGAUGAGGAUGAUGAUGCUUAGUUCACUUGAGAAAUUAUGACCAUAUAAAACAUGUGAGACAUGUGCAGUCAUCGGUAAUUUAUCUCCCUCCUAGGAUUCCAUUUUCAAUUAUCGUACAAUUAUAAAUUAGAGUAGUCAUUUUAGAUGUUCAAUAGCUGGGAUUGUACCAUAUGAGUAGUAUCUUAUUAUUGGUCUGGCCUCAAUCUACAUUCUUUUAGGUUUUUUUUUUUUUUUUUACUGGGUUUCUCUCCCAUUUUAGUAAUGUCCUUUUGUCUUUUUCAUUGAAAUUGUUCAACUUGUAUUUAACAUUUUAGUUAUACUUGACCAGUGAAUGCUUUUCUUGUAGUAAAUGUGGUGAACGAGUCAAAUUUGUUUUAAUCAAAGUACCAACCCGGUGGUAGCAUAAGCAAUUCCAAGAACAUCUAAGCGUUGAUGCUUCAUUUUUUACGCUUUAUGUCAGCAGUCUUAAAUUCAAGAACAAAAAUAACCCCCGAUCUGCUAGUUUCCGAGUUCUGAGUCGUAUAAUUUGCUUUUGUGUUUGUGGCAUAAUUGUUAGUCAAAUGGCGUCUAUAUUGCUUGUAUCAGCCAUGUACUCCUUGUAAAAAGUAAGAGAAUAAGAAAGCUAUUCAUUAAAAACGAA